UCUAGUUGUGUCACACCUGUAGAGAAAAAAAGAGGAACGUUUCCCCUCUUCUGUCAGUGCAUUUUUUUGCACUGUGUUUUGUUUGCAAAAUUACAAAGUUUAUACCAAAAAUAAAAGAAUAAAUGUCACAAAAAGUUAAAAUACUUUUCCAUCACAUUGCUGUUUCAAUACUUGAGGCAUAUUCUCUGUAUUUUUCUGUUGAUAUUGCACUUUACUGUUUGUCAGUACAAGCACGAGCUGAGAAAUAACAGAGAACCGCCCAGGUGCUAUUAAUAUUCCCCCUUCACCUCCCAGCCUCGCUCCGGGUCUCAUGUUAUAUGUCAAAGGCUCCGAGCCUCACUUUGAAACUCUGCUGUCUUCACAGUUUCUGUCAUUGUUUUGAGCAUUUUGAAGUCUUCCAUCUUAAUCUGCAGGUGGAUUCUGAUUGAUCCCACACUUCUUUUUUUUUCUUUUUUUUUAAAUAAAGGGCAUCUGGAUUGCAGUAAAUGCAGCAGAUAAUCCACAAGGUCAAAUUCAAAGCAAGGACGACAUUGAAGGUCAUUUGAAGCAUGGCAGGGGUAGCUGGUGGUAUGGGUGGGUCUGGUGGGACAGUCACAACCAUCCGCCUACGGGACAUUUAUGAUCCCAAACCUCAGCCUCCCAAGGCCCCUGUCCGGAUUCGUCCUCCACCUCCACAACACCCAUCACCUUUGGAGUCAAAACCAAGCUUUUCCAGUGACAUACCAACCAAAACCAGCAUGAGGCGGCGAGCCCAGUCCCUGCCCGGAGGCUCCGAAAGGCGGACCGAGCUGCGCAGAGCACAGGUGCGCUUCAUUGAUGCUCUGGGUCUGGAUUUGGAGGAAAUUAAGGUCUUCAGGGUUCAGGAGCGCCCCCUGGUCCCAGAGCAUGUGAUUUUCAGACUGCUGAUGAACUCUGAAAGGGCUUUUGGAAAACCGCCGGAGCUGAAUUUGCCUUACUUCAAAGCCUGCUUCCCUGAGAACAUGGCCGCCCUGCCAGAAUUCCCACAAAAACUGGUUUCUCAGAAGGUUUGUCUGGAGCAGCUGACGUGUUCGGAUCACGGAAUCACCGGCACCAUCCGGGUUCUCAACCUGGCAUUCGAGAAGGAGGUCAAAGUUCUCUACUCCUUUACCAACUGGAGGACGCACACAGACACAACAGCAUGCUGGGUAAUGAGGGGUCACCAAGGGGACUCCGUCAGCUCUCUGGACACAGAUGUGUUCAGGUUCCAUCUUCCUGUCCCGCCGUUCAUCCUGCAGCCGGGAGCCGUCCUCGAAUUCGCCAUCAGAUAUCACGUUAUAGGACACGACUACUGGGACAACAACAAUGGCGGCAACUACAAACUGUCAUGCCACAGCUUCAAAGUGACUGUGCCAAAGGAGUGUGAGGACAGUUUGCUGCACUUCACUUGAAAGGCCACAUGGAGGCGAUGAAGACAACGUUUCAAUAAAUCUCACAAUUCUGUUUCAGCUUAAAUACAAGUUUUUACCUCAAACGUUUUGAAAUGUGAUUAAUGUAUCACCAUAUAAACAUAAUAUUUUGUUAAAAUGACUUCAUGUGACACAAUAAUGUUAAAAAAAACUGUAAAAAGGUUCCUGAUCUGUUGUAUAUUUGGAUACAUAUUUAUAUUAAUCAUUUUAUGAAGGGCUAAAAAAACGACAAAAAAGGGUAAUAAAUACUCAAAAAUAACAAUACAAUAGACAUAACAAAAUUCUUCCCAACAAUGUGAACUUUAUUCAGAUAAAAAUAAUAAUGAUAAUAAUAAUAGUCAGAUUUUAAUUCCUAUUUUCCCAAAGAAAACAAAACAUUUGCACGUUCAUUUUAAUAGUAACCAUAUUACAUUAAAACUUAUAUAUACCACUUUUAAAUAACUAAUUUACAUAUUUUGUUAUAAUGACCUGAACAUCCAAUAAUCUACAUACUUAUUAUUCUGGUUAAUCUAUAACACUGUUUGUGAUAAGAAUUGGUCUUUUUAUGCUAAAUUAAAAUCCAUAAAAGCAGAAAAUAUCAGAGUACAUGACUAAUAAAGCUUACAUAAAAUAUAGAAAUAAAUUGUGGGGGGAAUUAAAUUUUACACUUUUUGACAAUUUUUUUUUUUGUUUUGAAUUGGUCAAGUUGACACGCUGGCACCAUUUUGCUCAGAUUUUGACACAUUUUGUUGAGAUAAAGUGCUUAAAAAUACGACACACAAUCAAGGGGAAUUAGGAGUGAAAAUGGCCCAAAUUAUCAGUGAAUAAAUUAAACUAACACUUAAAGACCCACUCUGGUGAAAACUGUGUUUUUUUGUGCUUUUAACACGUUCUUGUGGCAUUUGUCUGAUGAUGGAGGACAUAUAAAACAAAAUUUAACUUUAAACUGCAUUUCUGAGUAUUUCUUUAUUCAAAUAUUUGUGAAUCAGGAACAGAUAAAAAAAUGCAGUUAGGAAAAGAGCGAACUUUCCUCUCCAUUCUGAUACACUCACUUGAAGACUACAGGAUUCAUGGACGUAUUUGUUUUUCUCAUCUGAGCUGAAAUCUGGAUCAAAACUGGACGGCUGGAUAGAUCCAGCAAUUUUUGUUGCACAGAUAGUGCUAAGUUAGUGUUGUGAGGGUCCGUAAGCUAGUGGGAGAGCGUGCAUGAUGGAAAGGCCAAUAGCCCCGCCCACGAUUCAGAGGUGCAUUUUCUAGUGAACUCCUGUUGGUGCAGAAAUUAUGUCCUGGAUGAUGACAGUUUUUUUUUUUUUGGCUAAAAAUGACAAAAUCAUGAUUAAAGGAUCACUGGGAACGCUUUUAGAAUAGAUCAAAAUAUGAUCAGAUACGGUUUUAAAUUCAAGCAAAAAAUGAAUUUAAUAAUUCAUUUUAAAAGCUUUACAAAAAUGACUUUGCUCAUAAAUAAUUGAUGACUUUCCACAUUUAUGCUUGUUUUUUGGUUAUUUUUAUUACUCUAUAUGUACAGAU